UUUGGAUGCUUCGGUCGAGCAGGGCUACUGCUUUUCACUCGGUUUCAGCACAAGUUGUCGGACCAAGUUUCACUGGAGAAGUCGUGGAAUAGCCGGAACAGUGAUGGAGCCUUCGAUAACCCGGGUCUGCUGUGUUCUGUUGAGCCUGUUCGCAGGUUUGGUCUCGGGUCUGGAGAUUACCUCUACAGAGCCGACCUCCAUAGAGAAGGCCAGCGGUCAGAGUGUGAAGCUGGACUGCCAGUUUACUCUGGCCCCUGAAGACUCUGGACCGCUAGAUAUUGAAUGGAGCUUGCUGUCUUCCGACAACCAGAAAGAGGACAAAGUGGUGAUCCUGUACUCAGGUGACAGGGCCUACGAGGACUACUAUGCACCCAUGAAGGGUCGAGUCCACUUCAACUCAGCCGAUCCCAAAAACGGGGACGCCUCCAUCAACCUGACGGGGCUGAAAUCGUCAGACUCGGGCACCUACCAGUGCAAGGUGAAGAAGGCUCCUGGUAUCCGCAGCAGGAAGAUGCUGCUGAUCGUCAUGGUGAAGCCGUCCAAGCCCAGCUGCUACACCGAAGGCCCCACACAGGAAGGCAAAGACGUUGUUCUGAAGUGCAUAUCCAGGGAGGGCACCAACCCCCUGCAAUACAGCUGGGAGAAGACCAGUGACAGCAAGCUGCUGCCCGCCUCUGCUGUGCUGGAUCCUGUGGGAGGCACCAUUAACGUGAGGAAUGCAUCUGCCAGCGCAUCUGGCACCUACCGCUGCACUGCCAGUAAUCGUGUUGGCACUGAGGAGUGUGUACUAUAUCUCAACGUAACACCUCCCCCCAACACUCCAGGCAUCAUUGCAGCAGCCAUCAUUACUGUACUGCUGAUCCUCAUCAUUAUUGCCAUCAUCCUGUUCUGCUGUUGCCGUGCUCGUCACAGGAAGAAGUACGAGAAGGAAAUCUGCAAUGAGAUAAGAGAGGACGUUCCCCCUCCUAAGAGCCGUGUGUCGACAGCGCGCAGCUUCACCGUGGGCAGCCAGCGCUCCUCCCUGGGCUCCAUGUCGCCCUCCAACUUGCACGAGUACGCCCUGAAGCCCCAGUACGACAAGAUUCCUUCAUCGGAGGAGUACGAGAGGCCACCCAGCCACAACCCUCUGCCCCCACCCUCUGGUGCCAAGAUGGCCGGCCCUAACCUCAGCCGCAUGGGGGCCAUCCCCGUAAUGAUCCCUGCCCAGAACAGGGACGGCUCGAUCGUCUAGCAUGUCCUCUUCCUGAGAAGGGACCGUGUAACAAGGGGAGAGAAUGGAGGAAGGGAGAAGGACACAAGCCAAUGAAGAUGGAGCAAGAGCUGGGAUGGGCUGACUCACCUGACUUUUAGCUCUUAAUUAUUUACAAAUGGGAGUAUACUCCUCUUGACCUGGCUCCUCAGACCUGGCUCUGCUGUGGUGCUGAGAAGAGAAGUUGAGUUGUACUGGAAUCACAACAGAGCACAUAAACUUUUUAUCAAAUACAAAUACAAAAAAAACUUUUAUGAAUUUUACUUCCUGGACUUUCUCACAGAAAAAAUAAAUUAGUGUGGAUAUAAAGCAGAAUGGUCAAUAUACAAAUUAUAUUGUACAUAAAUGAAUGCAUGUCUUUUUUUGAUAUAGAUGGCCCUUGCUGUAGAGAUACUGUAUGUUCAAAUCAGAUCCAGGCCCCUAAUUGGCCCGCUGUACAGCUGUAUGCAUGCAUGUAUGUGUAAAAUUGCAGCAGUAUGUGUGCGUGAAUAUAAGUUUAUGUAUGUGGAUGGGACUUGGGGAAAUAUAUAGUUCAUUUAUUGUCUUUAAAAGCCUCCAUAACAGUAAGAUCAUUUGUCAGGUGAUCCGGUCUUUACUAGUUUCUGACAUGUUUUUAAUUCCAUUCAUUUAUUGUAAAAUGAGAUGGACUGACCUUUGGAAAAAUUGAAAGACUAAUUAGAGGAAGAUUCACAGACUUGAAUUAAUCUUUCGACUGAGUUGAAAACAGUCUAUUUAGGUCAGCCGUUUUCUGUUGAACCGCUUGCUAUUUGAAUUGUCCAGUCAGGGUUUAUGUGGGGGGGCUGAAAUGGACAGGAUUGGCUGGAGGGGAGGGGGAGGUUCAAGCCAUCACAUCUUGUGAUUGGGGGGAUUAUUGCUUCUUGACCAAGCUUAAAAAACAAUAAAAGACCAGUGUCCACCCCCCGCCCCUCCUCCAGAGAUCGUAGAGGAGGUAGUGUACAGGCAAAUAAUGAGGGCAGCUGGACAACAAGGUUCACUGAGCAAUCAGCUUUGAUUGUGUUUGACUGUCAACAGACCCCUAACCUCAGUGACCCCCGAAACAUUUAGAUCUCCCCAAGCACACACACACCUCAUUAGCAGGACAAGAGCCCCACAUCUUAAUUUUCAUAUGUAGUAGCAGUCACCCCCCUCAGUGGUGCUGCAUAUCUUAUACUCCUUAUUUGCAGUCGCAUUACAAGGAGCCAAUAUCUUGAUUAACCUUCUCUCUGUGGUCAAUAUGAAACCUUUCAUGGCGUCUGUAGUGUUAAUUGGACUUUUUAAUGAAGGAUGUAAAGCCUGCGUGUGCGUGAAGAAAGUGCCCACAAAGAGGAACAAAUGUGAUAAGCCUUACAAUGCUGAGUAUUGUUUCUCAGUGUCAACAUUACAAACACUUUGGUUCAGCUUCAUGUUGCAGUUAGUCGUUGCUGGAUAAUGUAAAGGUUCAUUCAGGCAGUCGAGGCCAGUCCUUGCAGUAUGGGGUUAUUCGACUCUUAGACAAAUUCUUCACUUGUUUGGAAAAAUGUUUGGAGGCCCAACACGUCAUCUUGUCUGUUACUUUAUAAAAAAACAAAAAAAACAAAAAAAAACAAAAAAAAGUAUGACUACUUGGGAGUGGGCAGACUGUUUCUUUUUGCUCCAACGCCUUAUUCUAUUCCUUAUUUUAGCCUUACACACCACCCCUCAGUUCACCUCUGCACAGCCCUCACAGCUGGAUUCUAAUGACUUCUAUUGUGCCUUGUUGCCCCAGUUGAGUUGUGCCAUAGCACCUCUGCUAAUGUGCACUGUGCUAUGUGCAGUAGCAUCAUCCUAAAGCAUCAUCCACAGCCACUACAGCAGCAUAAUAAUCAGUGAGCCUAUUGUCUCCUGUCGCCUCAAUCAGGUCAAGUCUAGGAUUCCCCACACCUGCUCAAUUCAUAGAUUCACCCACCGCUUAACAAAACCUUUAUCGGUGUCGUAAAGCUUUUAUUUUGUAUUCCAAACAUGACUUCAUGUUGGUUUUUAAACUUUAUUUAAACUUUGGCAAAGUCGAUGUGCUUUUGUUUUUUAAAAAGAAAGAAAUAACAUAAAUGGCUCUGGCUGUAUGUAUAAAUAUUCUGUCGAAGUAACCCUAUCUACUCACAACACAGUCGAAUGAUAUAAAGAUGAUGUUUGUACGUAUCUGUGAUGCUCUGGCGUGCUGUGCUUGGCAAAUCUAUAUCGAAAACAUAAGAGGAGGGGCUUGUCAGUACAAUGUAAAUGCUCCCUGGUAUGAUUGGACAUUUCUGACACUGUGCGUGCGUGCGUGCGUGCGUGCGUGCGUGCGUGCGUGCGUGAAUCCUAGCAUCAAAGGAGACAUGACAGUUGUAGAAACAAAUUGGCACCUAUAUUCUUUCACCAGACCUGGGCCUGCCUAGACAAAGAAUUACAUCCGUGUCAACUGUGUGUGUGUGUGUGUGUGUGUGGGAGCAAGUGUAUUGUACAAGGAGAAUUUGCUGUCAGGAGGGGCCCCUGUAGAAUUCUAGUUAGACUUCCACCUGCUGACAAGCUGUAUGAGCUCGUAGGGAGGUAAUCCUGUUACUGUCCCUAUAUGUGCUCAGAACAUUAAUGACAACUACUACUAACAAUAUUAACUGUAGCUUUUAAAUUUGCGUACUAAUAUUGUAUGAAGAUCUCCUUUGGGGUUUACACACUGUGUGAAAACCAUUUUUUUUCUUGUGUGUAUUUUUUGUGCUGUAUUUUUGAAUAAUAAAAGUCCAUGAA